AUGCCAGGCAACAGUGAAGACACCCGGCCGUCUAGGGGGCAGGACGCGGCGCGCAGGGAGAGGCGGCGUUAUCGUCACAAAGCCUGCGGCAGACGCUUGCUGAUACUCGUGCUUGCUGAAAUCGGCUUGACCUUCAGUGCUUUCCUCAUCUCUAGAUGUGAAUACAUGUUGCCAGGAUGGUCGCCUUGGUACACACUCGUCGUGUGUUUCGGUGCGGCUGUGACGUUCACCUCCAUCGUCGCAUGCGGCGAUACUCUCAAAAUCUGCAUCUGCGAGGACUCCAACUUAUCAGGCUUCAACACCUGCUCACGUAUGCUGACAGCUCUGUUAAUCCUGGGAUUCCUCGGCAUCCAGGCCUUCAUUUUCGUCUGGCGGUACAGAUACGGCUGUCCCAGCUCGACAAAUUUAUCCUUGGGGAGACUGGCGCGGUCAGCAGCAGACGAGGAAUGGGCGGCCACAUACAAGCUGCAGCUGGUAUCACACGAAGCAUGGAGCAACCGCUCAGUGGCGGCAUUCCCCCGCCUGCGGCAUCCCGCUCCUUUGGUGGUGCUGUCACACAGCGCCGGUCCGUCCUGUACUGGUCCAGCUGAGUGCGGACCAGUGCUGCGUGACCAGCAGCAGCCUGACAUCUUGCACAACUUCCUCAUAGAUAGCGCCGGCUACGUGUACGUAGGCCGCGGUGCGGACGUUGUCGGUGGAAUCCAGAGUCCCGUGUGGAACUGUAGCCUGGAGGUAGCCCUGCUGGGUGACUACAACAAGCACAACGUGGAGGAGGACACAGUGGUGGCGCUGCGGUUGCUGCUGGAGAUGGGUGUGUCCUCUGGGUGGCUGGCGGCGGACUACCGCCUAGUGGUACACACCCAACUGGAUGAGAGGGGUCCACACAGUCCUGGCCGCUGGGCUAUGGCCGCUGUCCAACACUGGCCCCAGUGCUGCCUCAGCUCGUGUGCUGAGGGCCUCACCUGUCCAGUGGCAUAGCCACUAUCCUCGCAAAACACGCACUGACUGUGCAUCUUGACGUUUUCACAGCGUAAUGAGUAUUCCAUGAGAUUUCUGGAUUGCGAACAAAUGGUGAUGACUUAUUCCUCUGAUGUUUCGGAUGGGAAUCAGGCAGGCGAAUUUUACGGCUGGAGAUUUCUUAAUGCGUGUCACUGCGUUAAUACCAGCAUUCGGAAGAGGACGAACACACACACGAAAUCUAUGUAUAUGUGUCACCACAACUGUUUUUAGUACAUGCACCCAACAAGUCUCCAGUUGCAAAAUUCAACCGAAGGUGGCUGGCUGGCUGUCAGCCGAAAUAUCGAAGCGAGAAGUCAAUAUCAUCAAACAGGAACCCUGAAAUCUUGUGGGUUACGUUGAAGGAUCUGUUUGGUGAUGCUCACACAUGUUCACGCAUCAAACCAUGUUUGGUCUCUUUCGGAAUGUUCAUACAUUUUAACAAAAUGGUGGCACAAUGAAAACAGAAACUGUUUCUCACUGAUAUUCAUAUCAUGGAAUACCACAAAAAAAUCUAAAACCAUUAAAUGUGUUUACUUAAGCUGCUUGUUUCUCUUAGUUGCUUGUAAGUUCCAGUGUUAACAGUUCAAAAAGUCAGCACUCUUACAAAGGGUGUGUACUGUCUUUGUAGUUUCUAUUAUUCCAUAAUUACUUCAUGCUCUAAUCAGCUCAAAAAGAGUUCUGCACCAGCUCCAUAUCU